UACGAUGCAAAUGCCAAAAGAAAAAAAGAAAACUAAAAAAUAAAUUAAAGAAAAAAAAGAAAUGAAGGGCUGAGAUUAAUUCCUGGGUUUCUGGCUCUUCUUUAUCUGCCCAAUCUCCACUUCCUCGUCACUUCUACCUUCUCCCUUUCUUAACACUCUUCAAGCUUUUCAUUACAGACUCUUUCAAGAAUUUCCUGAAAGAAAAGAAGAGAAAGAAGAAGAAGAUGUUGCUGGGGAAGAGGCCAAGGCCACCUAUGAAAAGAACCACAAGCAUGACAGAGAUCACUUUUGAUCUAAACACCACCACCACCACCAACGCCGAACCUCCACCCUCUGAUCCACAUAACCCUUUUAACAACUACCCCAAACAGGCUUCCCCUUUCGGUGGCGCAGCACCUUCUGUAGCUGUUGCUGGCGGUGGUGUUGGACUUGAAGGGUUGGAUCAACGGUUGUUGGCGACGGUGUCACCUAGAGUUCAUAGAAGGCAUUCAGCUGAUUUUAUGGAAACACCUCAUUUCCUAAGGUCUUGCGGUCUUUGUAGACGUCGCCUUGUUCCUGGCCGUGACAUCUACAUGUAUAGGGGUGAUACAGCAUUUUGCAGCUUAGAGUGCAGGCAACAGCAGAUGAACCAAGAUGAAAAAAAGGAUAAAUGUUCAAUAGCAUCCAAGAAACAAGCCGCCGCCUCUCCUGCCGCCAGAUCCAGUGUCUCCACCAAAGGAGAGACGGUUGCCGCCGUAUAGAUAUUAAUCCCCGUGGCCCAAAAAGGUUGUUUUUACUAAGCGCAAAAAGGGGCCUGUACUAGAAGGAAUUAAGAUUAUGUAAGGGAAGUGCAUGUUUAACUUUGUAAUGGGAACAAGUUUUGGACAA